AUGGGCCCACAGGUUGAGUGGCCUCAGAAGAUGAAAGCACCUUUUUUUUUCCGGAAUCCUGGUCUCUGGUGCGACUUCCACCGUGACCAUGGUCACAAAACGGAGGACUGCGUCGCACUGAAGGUCGAGGUCAUCAAAUUACUUAAGAAAGGACACCUCAGGGAGUUCCUUUCCGAAAAGGCCAAGAGCCAUCUAAGCAAGGAGACAACGGGGAAGCCCACUGAAGCUGCUCCCGUCUCGCCACCUCGAGUGAUCCAUGUCAUAUCGGGUGGUUCAGAAAUCAGCGGUAUAAGCCACACAGCCGCGAAGAAGAACACUUGGAAUGCCAAGCAUGGCCUAGAGGCAGGCAAGACGAAACGCCUGCUCCUGGGUAUGGAGGAAAUAAGCUUCACGGCCAAGGAGCAGGAAAGGGUUCUCACCCCACAUCAUGACGCCCUGGUCAUAUCGCUCAUUGUAGCGAAUUGCCUUGUGAAAAGGAUACUGGUAGAUAAUGGAAGCUCCGGCAACAUCAUCUUCCAGGCUGCAUACGAGAAUCUGGGGCUGGAGGAAAGCGCUCUAACUCGUAGGAUAACCCCACUCAUAGGAUUCAGCGGAGAAGUCAACCAGACUGCUGGAGAGGUGACCCUCCCGGUAUACGCUGAAGGGAUCAACAUGUCAACCAAGUUCCUUGUCGUUGACUGCGAUUCAUCCUACAACAUGAUCUUGGGACAGCCUUGGAUUCACGGCAUGGGAGCCAUUCCUUCGACUCUUCACCAGAUGGUGAAAUUCCCUACACCGUGGGGCAUAAGAGCAAUCAGAGAGGAUCAAGAGUAUUCCCGCUCCUAG